UCCGACCGCCCCCCACCCCCUCUCGGCGAUGGGCAAACAGCCGUGGGACAGCGCGAAGGCAAAGCCUCCUUCCCGCGCAGACCGUGCUCCAAGCCUCCGCUGACGGCGCGAACUCGUUGCUUGGACUUCGCUCUGCUCAGCCCGAAAGCUCCGCUUGACCAAGACAAUGAAGACAUCCUGGAUUUUACUAAACAUUGUUCUUGUGGCUGCUCACAGGCAGGUAACUUACAUUGGUGAUCAGGUGCUCCGGAUCAGUGCCAGCAGUCAGAAACAGCUUAAUCUGGUGAAGUCACUGGAACAGUUACAGCAUCUGAAGCUUGAUUUCUGGAAAGAACCUGUGAGGAGCUCCCUCCCCAUCGAUGUACGAGUUCCUGCGAAGCAUGUCAGCACAAUCAAAACAAUUCUGAAGUCUAACAACAUAGCACAUUCCGUCAUGAUCGAAAACCUGCAGUCAUUGGUGGAUGAAGAGCGCAUAAGCACAUUGAUUUCUGAGCUGAGACAAAAUGGUACCUACAGCUUUAACUAUCGGUACUAUCACCCGCUAAAGGAGAUUUACAAGUGGAUGAAGAAUCUUGCUGAUGAAAACCCACAGUUGAUCAGGAGAAUGAGGAUCGGUAGAAGUUCCCAAGGUCGGGCAAUUCAUGUCCUGAAGUUUAGCACGGGGCACAGGCGGCCUGCCAUAUGGAUCGAUGCUGGUAUUCACGGCCGCGAGUGGAUAGCACCUGCUGUCGCAAUAUGGAUGGCAAAGAAGAUUACCACUGACUAUGGCAAUGACCCUUCCAUCACAUCACUGCUGAAUAAAAUGGACAUCUUCAUGGUGAUCAUGGCGAACCCUGAUGGAUAUGUUUACAGUAAAACUACGGACCGCAUGUGGCGGAAAACCAUGUCCAAGAGGCCUGGAUCUCGUUGUUUUGGAGUUGACCCAAACAGGAAUUUUGAUGCGAACUUUGGAGGGAAAGGCAGCAGCAGAGUUCCAUGCUCAGAAAGUUAUUGCGGACCACAUGUGCACUCCGAACCUGAGAUCAAAGCUAUUGUCAAUUUCAUCAAGAAGAAUGGCAGGUUCAUAGUGUUCCUCACCCUGCACAACUAUUCCCAGCGCUUGAUGUAUCCUUAUGGAUAUACGCAGGAAACUCCAGAAAACGUUGAAGAACUGGAUAUGUUGGCUCAUGAGGCCACUGAAGCUCUGACCUCCCUGUAUGGCACUCGAUAUUCGUAUGGAAGCAUAGUACAACUUAUAAAUGAGAGUAGUGGAAACAGCAUUGACUGGAGCUGUAAACAAGGUGUUAAGUACUCAUAUGCCUUUGAGCUGCGCGAUGAAGGUCAAUAUGGCUUCAUACUUCCACGGAGUCAGAUUGUCCCGACUGCUGAAGAAACAUGGUUGGCUGUAAAGAAGAUAAUGGAACAUGCCUGCAAUCGCUUGCCUUAACUUUGGAUAUGUUGCCAUCUAUACAUAAUGUAAAUUACUUAAUACCCCUCUCCCUCCCUGAUAUUCCCCUCCAUUCAAUGAAUGGGGUCACAGUUCCUGCAUGGGUUAAUCACUUAGAUUUCCAUUGUAUCUAUCGAUCUAUCUAUCUAUCUAUCUAUCUAUCUAU